UUGCUGCCGCGGAAUUGCAAGACCGACGACCGUUUGCCGCCCCAAAAUGAAGAUCGUUCCCGUGAUGCUGGUGGUGGUGUUGCUAGCGCUGGCGGUGGUGGCCCGUGCCCGACCCUCGGCGACCGUUGGUGGUACGCUCGAUCCGUCCGAUCUCGCCGAUAUCGCGCUGGUGGAGGAGGACGUGGCGCGCAUCAAGCGCUCCGGGCUCGGCUCCGGUAGCGGUUCCUUCGAUCUGCUCGGUGGUCUCAAGAAGACCAUUCUGUCCGGCAUUGGGUCCGCCUCGGCUUCACUGGUUGCCGGCAGCAGCAGCUCGUCGCUGUCAUCCGGCUCAGGACACAGCAGCAGCAGCAGCGGUGGCAGUUCCGGACACAGCUCAGGCUACGGUUCGUCCGGCCACUCGUACGAGAAGCCACACGAAGAGUCCCACUUUGAUGGUUGGUCGCUGAAGAAAUCGAUCCUGAACACGCUGUUCCAGGCGGUGAAGGCCAUCACGGGCGGCGUAACCGCCAUCAAGGGUCAGCUGAUCAAGGGUUCCGGCUACCUGGUCAGCGGUGCCGGCAAGCUGAUCGCAACCGGUGGUGACGCCGUCACCGGUGUCGGCAAAAAGAUCGCCCUGUCCGCCCACCUCAUCCCGCCGAAGCACGGUUCCUCCUCCUCGUCAUCGUCGCACCCCUUCACCAAGCUGCUGUCAUCCUCGUCAUCCGGCCUGACCGCCACCCUCUCGCACUCGUCCUCACCCUCCUCCGGGCAUCACUCCGGCGAACAGCAUCACUCCGGUGAAAGUUACACCAGCUACGAGGGUCCGAGCGGUUACGGGCACGAUUCGCACGGUUCCAGUGGCCCAUCCGGCCCGUCCUACAUCCCGCCCGCCAAGAGCUCCCACAAACCGUCCUCCUCGCUCAACUCGUACGGUGCCGAGCUGGAGCACCACGGCGGUGGUGGUUACGGUGGUGGCAAGUACGGUGGUCACUCGUCCGAUGAAUCCGAUUACAGCAAGAUCGUCGUGGGCUAGACGCGUAGAUAUGCUAGCUGAGGAUGCUUUCUACCUAAAAUACGU